AUGAAGCCAAUAAUUGAAUUUCAAGAAUGCCUUCGCGAUUCACCUAAAUUUCGCGCCGUCUUGGAAGCUGAAGAAGCUAAUAUAGAUUUACUGGAACAAAGAUUGGACAAGGUGUUAAAAGCAUGUGGUUUGAUGUUAGAAAUGGGGAAAACUUAUGUGAUUCACCAAAAUCUAUUUACAAAUAGUCUUUGGGAUUUGAGCUCUUAUUUUAAAGAGGAUGUAGAAAUAGUAUCUUACCUAAACAAAUUAAUACAUUCUCUUCAAGAAAUGAAUAAAUUUCAAACCAUUCUUUUAGAUCAAGCGAAUAGAAUCAUAACUAGAAACUUAACAUCAUUUAUUAAAAACGAUAUUAAAAAAGUAAAAGAGUCGCAUGCGGAAUUUGAAAAAAUUUCAAGUUUGUUUGAUUCUGCAUUGUCUAGAAACUCGCAAGCUACUAAAUCUAAGCCUAAUGAAAUGGAAGAAGCUCAAAAUUUGUUAAGUGCUACUAGGUCAUGUUUUAGGCAUACCACUUUAGAUCAUGUAUACACUGUUAGUGUUAUUCAAACAAAAAAACGCCAUGAAAUAUUAGGAACAUUGUUGAGUUAUAUGCAAGCAUGCAGUACAUUUUUUCAUCAAGGAUCUGAUUUAUGUGAAGAUUUAGAACUUUUUUUUAAAAAAUUAGGAGAUGAUUUAAAUAAGAUGUCAUCAGAGACUACAAAACUUGAAAAAGAAAUGGAAAACAGGCAUUCCUAUGUUAACAACUGUGAUAUUGAUGUAACUGAAAAUCUAUCUGGAAAAUCUCCAGUGAUGGAAGGAUAUUUAUUUAAAAGAACAUCUAAUGCUUUCAAAACUUGGCAUAGAAGAUGGUUUGUAUUGCAAGAUAACCAACUUGUCUACAGAAAAAGAUCAGGAGAAGAAGCAGUCACAGUUAUGGAAGAAGAUCUGCGAUUGUGUACUGUAAAACCUGCUGUGGAUUGCGAAAGGAGGUUUUGUUUUGAAGUUUUGUCUCCUUCAAAAUGUCAUAUGUUACAAGCUGACUCGAAUGAAAUGUACACUGCUUGGAUCAACGCUUUACAAAAAGGUAUAGGUGCCGCAAUUCAAUCACUUAGAAUGGAUACAGAUUCUAAUGAAUUGGGAGAAACUGAUGGUGAUGACACAUCAACUUCGAGUCACUCCAGAUCAGAAAGCGAAGGUUCUGAAAAAUUAAAAAGACCAAGAAUUUGGGAACAGUUACUGAAGAUUCCAGGGAAUGACUUUUGCUGCGAUUGUGGAAACAGCAGUCCAAGGUGGGCCAGUAUUAAUUUGGGCAUCACAUUAUGCAUAGAUUGUUCCGGAGUUCAUAGAAGUUUGGGUGUUCAUUACAGCAAAGUAAGGUCACUUACGUUGGAUGCGUGGGAACCGGAAAUAUUAAAAGUAAUGGCGGAAUUAGGAAACGUCAUUGUUAAUAAAGUCUACGAAGCUAAUGUUCCAGAAGAUUUUGUGAGAGCUACUCCUAAUUGUAGCGGAAAUGUUCGAGAUUCGUGGAUUCGUGCGAAAUACAUAGAAAAAAAAUUCGUUAAAAAAAUAUCCGUCAUGCCUGAAUCUCUAAACAUAGUCGAUUUAAGAUCGUCUAGAAAUACAGUUCCUGUAAGAAAAUGGAGUGUGAGAAAAUUACGACGUAGGCCUAGAAGUAGUGAUGGUAAAGGUUCUAGAAAGCAAAAAUUGACAAGCAAUCUUUUCAGUGUUGACGAAAUUAACGAUAAAUCUUGUGUUAACGAUAACAUUAAUAAAAGUCUAUCGGACUUGACAUCAUCGGAUAAAGAAAAUAGUUGUUGUCAAAAUACAGAUUUAAGUAGGAGUUGUGACGAUUUGGCUAAAAGUUCAGAUUUAUUACUUUUUGGAGAAGAUUUAAAUAAACAUCCGGUGGGGGGUUCCAUUGAGCUUCCCAGUGAUCAAGAUUCGACUGGAGGUGAAGAUGAAAACGAAAUCACUGGAGAAGAAGACAUAGCAAAUUUUCAUCCUAAUUUACUUCUUUACAAAGCUGCUGCAGCUCAUAACCUACCAGUCAUGUGUGAAGCUUUGGCUUUGGGAGCUGAUAAACAUUGGACGAAUAGUGAAGAUUUCAACAGGAGUUCUCUUCAUCAAGCAAUAAACAGCGGAUCCGUAAUGGCGUGCGAGUACUUGUUGCUCAACGGUGCCAUGAUGAAUGUUCAAGAUGUCGAAGGGAAUACUCCGUUGCAUUUAGCGACCGAAUUGGGUCACACCGCUCAGGUUUGUUUACUUUUAAAACACAGAGCGGAUCAACAUAUCAAAAAUUUAAAGGAAGUAGAACCUUUGUCAAUAGCCGUGGAAAAUGCCAACGCGGAUAUUGUCACGCUAUUAAGGUUGGGUUUGCUCAAUGAAGAAAUGAGAGAUUCUGAAUUAGGUUCUCCAGAUGACAUGUUCAACGACGUGGUACGAGAUUUUUCACAAUUGGCUUAUCUUCAUCCCGAAAGAUUAGUACGAAAAAACGAUGAAAGUAAAUAA